AUGUCAGGUAAGAAAAGUGAGGCGCAGUCCAACACGGAUAAGAUCAAUGCGGCUUUGAGAAUCAUCGAUAGCAAGCCUUCUAGAGCGAGGCAUGAGGCGGAGGCUCCAGCGGUGGAUUUGAACACGUAUAGCCUCGAGGACGGACGAAGAGUCUCUACUAAAGAAAGGGUUAUCAAGGAUGUUCCCCCUAUUACGGGGAGAUUACCGGCGGAUGAGGAAGUAUUUGCUCGCGACACUGGAUUGCCCAACCAUGAGUUCCUCAGGGAGCAUUUCAAGCGGGAAGGAAGACUUCGUGAGUCGCAGGCGUUGAGGAUUUUAGCGAUGGCUACGAGCUGUCUGUCGAAGGAGCCGAAUUUGCUGCAUGUUCCGGCGCCAGUCACGGUGUGCGGCGACAUACACGGCCAAUACUUCGAUCUCUUGAAGCUUUUCGAAGUUGGUGGUAACCCAGAGACCACGCCCUACCUGUUCCUAGGUGACUACGUUGAUAGGGGCUCCUUUUCGUUCGAGUGUCUGAUAUAUCUGUAUGCUUUGAAGCUGAAUUUCAGCUCGCAUUUCUGGCUUUUGCGGGGCAACCACGAAUGCAAGCAUCUGACCUCCUAUUUCACAUUCAAGAACGAAUGCUUGCACAAGUAUAGUCUGAAAGUGUACGAGGCCUGCUGCCAGUCUUUCAACACGCUGCCGCUGGCGGCGUUGAUGAACGGCCAGUAUUUCUGCGUUCAUGGGGGCAUCUCGCCCGAGCUGAAUACUGCACAGGAUGUUAACCGAAUAAACAGAUUCAGAGAGAUACCUUCGAGGGGCCUGAUGUGUGAUCUGGUUUGGGCCGAUCCAAUCGAAACGUACGACGAGGAUGCUGACCACCCAUCAGCAGAGAACUUUACCCCCAAUUCUGUGAGAGGCUGCUCUUUUGCGUUCAACUACGAGGCGGCUUGCGCUUUUCUGCAAAGAACAGGUCUGUUAUCCAUCAUCAGAGCACAUGAAGCGCAAGACGCCGGUUACAGAAUGUACAAAAAUACUAAGACGCUUGGUUUUCCUAGUCUGCUGACGCUUUUUAGUGCGCCUAACUACUUGGACACCUAUAAGAAUAAAGCGGCUGUUCUGAAGUACGAAGCCAAUGUGAUGAACAUCCGGCAGUUCAACAUGUCGCCUCACCCCUACUGGCUCCCGGAUUUUAUGGACGUUUUUACUUGGUCGCUGCCAUUUGUAGGUGAGAAAGUGACGGAGAUGCUCGUUUCAAUAUUGAAUAUAUGUACGGAGGAUGAGUUGGGUGAAGAAACACCGGUUAUUUCAGACCGUAUAGGUAGCACAGAGCCAUCACAACAGGUGGUUCCGCGAGCUGAAGGAGAAAUCAAGCUUACCAAAUCGAUCCUUGAUGAUGAGGCUAGGAGGAAAGCUUUGAGAAAUAAGAUUUUAGCAAUCGCUAAAGUGUCGCGGAUGUACUCUGUUCUUAGAGAGGAGAGUGAUAAAGUUAAGUACCUGAAAGAUAUCAAUUCUGGGGUGCUACCUCGUGGAGCUCUAGCACACGGAGCUGAUGGCCUGAAUGAAACACUAUCGACAUUUGAAAAAGCUCGUAAGCAGGAUUUAAUCAAUGAAAGGAUGCCACCUUCGCUGGAUAAAGCGAGAGAUGGACAUAAUAUUUAUGAUGAACUUUCAAAGAGGGCAGAAAGAAAGAAGUGA